AUGGUUCAAUUCUCCGGCCUCGCUGUUGCCGCUCUUCUCAGUGGUGCAGCUCUUGCUGCUCCCACUCUCCAAGAGCGUGGCAGCUGUACCUUCUCUGGCUCCUCUGCUGCCUCCAAUGCUCUCAAGCAGAAGAAGUCUUGCUCCAGCAUCAUCAUCAAGGACGCUGUUGUUCCCGCCGGCACCACCCUUGACUUGACCGACCUGGCUUCUGGUACCACCGUUACCUUCCAAGGUACCACCACUUUUGGCUACAAGGAGUGGACCGGCCCUCUCGUCUCCGUUUCUGGUGACCACAUCACCGUUGUCGGUGCCUCUGGCUCUGUCAUUGACGGUCAGGGCAGCAGAUGGUGGGACGGUAAGGGUACCAACGGUGGCAAGAAGAAGCCCAAGUUCUUCUACGCCCACAAGAUGACCAACUCCAAGAUCCAGAACAUCAAGAUCAAGGACUCGCCCGUUCAGGUCUUCUCUAUCAACAACUCCAAGCAGCUUACCCUCACUGGUGUCACCGUCGACAACUCUGCUGGUGAUGGCGAGAACAAGGGCCACAACACCGAUGCUUUCGAUAUUGGCAGCUCCUCUGGUAUCACCAUCGAUGGUGCAAACAUCCACAACCAGGACGACUGUGUCGCUGUCAACUCUGGUUCCGAUAUCACCGUCUCAGGCUCUACCUGCACUGGCGGCCACGGUCUCUCCAUCGGCUCUGUCGGUGGUCGCGAUGACAACACUGUCUCCAACGUCAAGUUCCUGAACAACAAGGUCACCAACUCUGAGAACGGUCUCCGUAUCAAGACUGUCUACGGUGCUACUGGUAAGGUCUCUGGCGUCACCUACUCUGGCAAUGUUCUCUCCGGCAUCUCGAAGUACGGUGUUGUUAUCGAGCAGGAUUACGAGAACGGCUCNCCCACUGGCAAGCCCACCAACGGUGUCCCAAUCACUGGCCUCACCAUGACUGGUAACACCGUUGGCGUCACUAGCUCUGGUACCAACACCUACAUUCUCUGUGCUUCGGGUGCUUGCUCGAACUGGAAGUGGUCUGGCAACAAGAUCUCCGGUGGCAAGAAGUCCAGCAAGUGCUCUGGUAUCCCCAGCGGCUCCGGCGCCAGCUGCUAG